GUGAAAGUCUAAAUAAGAAAGCAGCUCCUCCCGCUUCCUCGAGCUGCCUGCAGACCGGACCGCAGCAGCGGCACAAAAAAAGCACCAAUCAGCAGCAAACUCACGUCCUUAUUCGGAUUUAACUCACCGUGAGUGGCCGAGACUUCCCCGGAGCACCGACGGCGGUGCCGUGACUCCACUGUACCUCUCUCUGAACCGACCGAACGACCGACAUGCUCUCCCCGGGACUCUCCGUGUCUCUGCUGGCCGUGUCCUGCGCUCUGUGGCCGGCUUCGGCGGUCCGCGCUGCGUCCUGUGAGUCGGUGCGUAUCCCGCUGUGCCGGUCCAUGCCGUGGAACAUGACCAAGAUGCCGAACCACCUCCACCACAGCACGCAGGACAACGCCGUGCUGGCCAUCGAGCAGUUUGAAGGGCUGCUGGGUACCGGCUGCAGUCCGGAUUUGCUCUUCUUCCUGUGUGCCAUGUACGCUCCCAUCUGCACCAUCGACUUCCAGCACGAGCCCAUCAAACCGUGCAAGGCGGUGUGCGAGCGGGCAAAGAACGGCUGCGAGCCGGUGAUGAAGCGCUACAACCACAGCUGGCCCGACAGCCUGGCCUGCAGCGAGCUGCCACUGUACGACCGCGGAGUCUGCAUCUCACCGGAGGCCAUCGUCAAGGCAGAGGGACCAGAUCCAUACUACCAGGACCCAGUCAGGUGUAACCCAGAAUCCAGUCCAGACUUCCCAAUGGACUCCAACAACCUUCACUGCAGAGGACCGAAUGGAGAUCGCUGUAAGUGUAAGAACAUCAAGAUGAAUAUGAAAACCUACUUGAAGAACAACUACAACUACGUGAUCCGUGCCAGGGUGAGGGAGGUGAGGAACCGCGGCCUGGAGCCCACAGCGGUGGUGGAUGUGAAGGAGGUGUUCAAGUCUUCGCUGGUCAACAUUCCCAAGGAGACGCAGACGCUCUACUACUCGUCCUCCUGCCUGUGUCCUCCUCUGGCUCCUGGGGAGGAUUUCGUCAUCAUGGGCUACGAGAACGAGGAGACAUCCAGGUUGCUCCUGAUUGACAGCUCCUUUGCUCAAAGGUGGAUGGAUAAAAUGGGCAGGAAGAUCAAGAAAUGGGAACGGACCUUGCGGAAACCACAAAGUCGCCACUGAGGUGUGUGUGUGUGUGUGUGUGUGUGUGUGUGUGUGUGUGUGUGUGUGUGUGUGUGUGUGUGUGUGUGUGUGUGUGUGUGUGUGUGUGUGUGUGUGUGUGUGUGUGUGUGUGUGU